AAAAUCACUAAUUAUUUCAAAACCCUAGAGCCAAAAUGAUACACCAUUGGAGAUGUUCUAUACUCGAUUGCAGCACGUUUCAGUAAAAAGUAGGCACUUUCGUUAUCUCCCACAAAAGGACCCAAAAGAAACUCGAAAUUUUCCAGUAGCUGUAGGCGCAGGGCAUUUGAGUUCAAAGAGAGCAGAGCGUUCUUUCGCCUUUGUCCUUUCCCAUUCUCUGCUGAGAAAAUAGCAUGCCAUCUUCCAGCGCUUCAGUUUUGGAUUCCGAAGAUGAAGCCCAGUUGAAUGUGGGUAAAACAAAGGAGAAGUCCAGCUUCUUUGACAUAUACGGAACCGACGCCAAAGCUGAGGUUGUGUUCAAAACUCCGGAUUCUAAUUCAACUUUGAGUCUGCAAGAUGUUCAAGGGCUUGUAACUUGGGUGCUUGCUGAAGGUUUUAUGCCAUCGUGGGUUUUUAUUAAGAAUAAACCCCUCAUCCCAAAAGUGGCAAUGGUUUAUCUCCCUGGCCUGGAUGCUGCUCUGUACAUGUCACAGUCCAAGAUACUUCCUACAUUUAAAAAAUUCUGUGGCAAUCCAAGGGCAGUUUUAGCUCUUAGCUGUGUAUCAGAUAGAAUGCAAACAAUUGAUGCACUUUUGACGUGUAAGGUAAAGAGAAAGAGGGGUGCAAAUGAUGUAGACUUAAAGAAGUCUGACCCGACAGCUGAACAAGAAAGAUUUGGCUCUGAAAAGGAAACACCAAUAUCUAUCAAACUCCCGAAGGAGUUGCCUUUCCCUGUUACAUAUUAUACGCUUACUGCAAAAGAACUGGAAGACAAUGGCUAUCCUUUCAAUCAACCAGGUUUUAUCCAUACACUUCCUGCUCCUUUGGGAUCUUUACCUUAUGAAAUGUUGGCACUUGACUGUGAGAUGUGUGUGACCUGUGAAGGGUUUGAGCUCACAAGAAUAACCCUGGUGGAUAUGCAAGGAGAGAUUGUCCUUGACAAAUUGGUAAAACCAUUCAAUGCGAUUGUUGAUUACAAUACCAGGUUCAGUGGAAUUACAAGUGAGAUGUUAAGUGGGGUGACCACAACUCUGGAAGAUGUUCAGAGAGAUUUUUUGAAUCUGGUUCACAAGGAGACCAUUUUAAUUGGUCAUUCGUUGGAGAAUGACCUGAUGGCGUUGAAGAUGUCUCAUGAUCUGGUUGUUGAUACUGCAGUACUAUAUAAGCAUCCCCGUGGUGGCUCUCAUAAAACUGCCCUUCGGAUUCUUGCUAAAAAAUUUCUUUCCAGGGAGAUACAACAAUCUGGCAAUGGCCAUGAUAGUACUGAAGAUGCAAGAGCUACUAUGGAACUUGCACUUCUUAAAAUUAAACAUGGACCGGAGUUUGGUUCGCCUCCAUCAUUAAUCCGGAAAAAACUACUAACUAUACUUGGUGAGAGUGGAAAGACGUCUUCUUUCAUUGAUGAUGUUUCAACAGUGAAGCGAUAUUCCUCUGAAUCAUCACAUGCAUUUCCUGUAACUUCUGAUGAGGAAGCUCUUUCAAGGGCAAAAAAGGAGGUAAUAAAUGAAAAAGUGCACUUCAUCUGGACACAAUUUUCGGAACUGAAUUCUUACUAUAAGAAACAAGCAGAUGAUGAAGAAAGAUUGAAUGUCAAACUUGCUGAGAUGAUGUCUUUACUUACAUGUGAUACGAAAUCUGUCAACCGAAAAAAGCACAGCCGCAAGAUCUCUCCUGAACUUCGGGAAAUUCUGACUCGCAUGGAUUCCAGAAUCAAAAACCUCUACAGCUCAUUACCUACUAAUGCAAUGCUUAUUAUUUGCACUGGUCAUGGUGACAUAGCACUUGUACAGAGAUUGAGGAGAAUGCUAAAGGAGCAAAAUGAAACAAGCAUAUGCCGUGAGAAGAUUGUAAAGAUAUUGGAAGAGCUCCAUGCCCAAGCUGAGGUAGCUCUGUGUUUUGUAUCUGUAAAACAUUGAUUACUCAAAUGCUUGCAACUUCUAAAUGUCUCUUAUAAUUAUGAUCGUUUUCUCUCGAUGCCGCCUAUUUCUCAAUACAAGUUUUCUAGUUUCUCGUA